GGUGGUCGGUACUUAUUCAUGACGAAUGAAGAAGAAGAAGAAGAAGACAAUAACUUAUAAGUGAUAUCCCUAAUUAUCUUCCUUCUAUUGUUGAACCAAUCAGAAGGGCUCUUUUAUAAUGACGUAGUUUGGCGUCCAUAUUGAAUUUUUGUGGUGUUUACAUUUUGUGAGACAUCAGACAUAAAUGAAGCUAAAAAAAAGAAGUAAACCACGGGCAGAUUUCAGUUAGGGAGCCUCUCCUUCCAUUGGUUUCGAUCUGAAGAAGUAAAGUAGGAAGGGCUCAGAAAGAUGUACACAUUUGGUGUGAGAGAUACAGAAAGCAGCGUAUACGCUGCUGUUGCCGAAGUGUUGCGCACCAAGCGGCACUGGAGGGAACGUACCGCCGUGAGAACAGGCCAAUGCACGUCCGGCAAUAACGGUGACGAACUCGCCUAUCUCGGAGCUGAAACAUUGCGUGUAAACCUCGUAUUAGGGGAGCGUAACAAACUGCCAUUUGGAAAGUUUGGUCAUGAGCCAGGUCUGAAACAGUUGGUGAAUUACUACAGAGGAUCUCAGAAGAUCUGCCGGAAAACUCAUCUCGUUACAGCCCUUAAGACAUCAUCAGCAAUCAAUUAUGAUUCAAUAGACUGGCUGCCGGUCUCUUUUGUGAUUCUUCCGCGUUCGAGUAAUGGAGAUGGUGAUGAGGCUAAGACAUCUCGUGAUUGGCUUCAGAAACUACGACAGACCAAGCAACGCACUGAUGAUAGGGAUGAGUACCUUAAGGUAUGGGAUAGGAUGAACACAUUGGGAGAAGGAAGUGUCUGGAUUGCAAAGUCAUCUGCAGGAGCUAAAGGAGAGGGGAUUUUGAUAGCAACAAGCCCAGAGGAACUGAUUGAGUUUGUUGAUAACCAGAGGCAGUCCCACGUUAUACAGAAAUACAUUGAGGAUCCAUUACUGCUUACAGAUAGUAGGAAGUUUGAUAUAAGGUGUUGGGUGUUAUUGGAUCAUGAGUACAACAUUUUCUUGAUGAAAGAGGGUGUUCUAAGGACGUCGUCAGAGCCGUAUGAUGCCGAUGAUCUCACAAACACCACUAGUCAUCUGACCAACCAUUGCAUUCAGGAAGCUCAGUCUCAGAAUUAUGGCAAAUAUGAGGAAGGAAAUGAAAUGUUCUUCGCUGAGUUCAACAGAUUUUUGCAAGAAACAUUUGACAUCUGUAUGGAAGAUUCCAUACUGCCGCAGAUCCAUAGAAUAAUCCGGGAAUGUUUAACAGCCAUUAAAGAGGAGAUUAACACAGAUGGACUUGAGUAUGAUAGUUUUCAGUUGUUUGGUUUUGACUUCAUGCUAAGCAGAGAUUUCAAAGUUUGGCUGCUGGAGGUGAACAGAGCACCGGCCUGUGCAUCGCGUUUAUUGUCACAGCUUGUGGAUGGUAUCGUCACUCUUGCUAUAGACCCGGUGUUUCCACCACCUGGCGAUUCAUCUCAAGAUUGCUCAAGACCGAGGGAGAUUCCUACAUUUGAGAGACUUUGAUGGCAGUAAUAAGAGCGUCUUGCAGUGGUAGAUCAGACUGUUACGGGCGAGCCAAGCUGAGCAAUGAUCCAGGCCCUCCUCGUGUAGGGAUACCAUGUAAAAUGUUUGCUGGUUCAUGAAUGAGACGAGUAUGGAUCAAGUAACCUCUUUUCCAAAGCCUGGAGAUUCAUCUCAAGAUUGCUCAAGACUGACGGAGAUUUCUACAUUUGAGAGACUUUGAUGUCAGAAAUAAGAGCGUCUUGAGGUGGUAAUUUAACUGUUACAGGCGAGCCGUGCUGAGCAAUGAUCCAAUUGCUCAAGACCACGAGAGAUUUCUACAUUUGAGAUACUUUGAUGGCAGCAAUAAGAGCGUCUUGCAGUGGUAGAUCAGACUGUUACGGGCGAGCCAAGCUGAGCAAUGAUCCAGGCCCUCCUCGUAUAGGGACACCAUGUAAGAUGUUUUCAUGUUUACAGGUUCAUGAAUGAGACGAGUAUGGAUCAAGUAACCUCUUUUCCAAAGCCUGGAGAUUCAUCUCAAGAUUGCUCAAGACUGACGGAGACUUCUACAUUUGAGACACUUUGAUGUCAGAAAUAAUUGUCUUGUGGUGGUAAUUUAACUGUUACAGGCGAGCCGAGCUGAGCAAUGUUCCAGGCCCUCCUUGUGUUAGGAGGGACACUUUACCACUCCAAGAUGUUUACAUAAUUACAGGUUCAUGAAUGAGAAGAGUAUGGAUCCAGAAGUCUCUUUUCCACCACCUGGCGAUUCUUCCCAAGAUUGUUCAAGACUUGACGGAGAUUUCUACAUUUGAGAGACUUUGAUGUCAGUAAUGAGAGCGUCUUGCAGUGGUAGAUUGGACUCUGUAUCUGUAUCAUACGUUGCAGAAACCAAAAACUGGCAUAAACGCAACGGGUGAGAGACUCUUACAGGUGAGCUGAGCAGAGCAAUGAACCAGGCCCUCCUUGUGUUAGGACCGAUCCAAGGCAACGUGUUUCUUUAAGUAGGUAGGGGGGCACAGGGUGCCCCCAUUCCCAUUUAUACCUGUGGUAAAUUCCAUGUUUUAAAACAAAUUCUCUUUGCACACAAUCCAUGUAUAUUUUUACAUUCACGUCAGAUUUUUUUACAAAAGAUGAUGUCCAACAAGAAUGCUGAAAAGGGCAUGUGUAAGGAAAAUUUAAUUGUUAACUUCAGUUUGAAUUAGCCAGAAAUGCCCCCCCCCCCAGACAAAUGGUGCACCCCCUUGUGCCUUAACCCUAGUUCUGCCUUUGGAUGCUGAGCUUAAGUAUAAAUGGAAACAUUCUGCAGUAUUUUAACGCAAUUUACCAAAGAUGUAGUUAUGUUGUGCACCUUGACACAACAGUUUUGAUUCGAACACCUUCUGUUUCUUGACUACUCCAGCUGAAAGGAAUAAUUCAUUUUUGUACUUCAGUGGAAGGAACUAUUUUUAUUCAAAUGGAUACUAACUAUUCAGGAAUUAUCUCAAGAUAUAUGACAGAUUUAUAUACUUACUUAUUGUUAAUAAUGAUGAUAUGAUCUUAGGCGUUUCGUGGCUGAGUGGGUCUAGUUCAUUGGACCCAAGCUGUGGUGUUGUCAGCAGCAGAGUGUAGGUUCGAAUCCAAGUCAUGACACCUGUGCCCUUGAGCAAGGCACUUACUCA